CUUCCCUCCUCAAGCAGGCUUCAGAUGGUGGACCUAAGGAAUGGGAGCACAGUGACAGAGUUUAUCCUCGUGGGCUUCGAGCAGAGCUCCUCUUCCACUCGGGCAUUGCUCUUUGCCCUCUUCCUAGCCCUCUACAGCCUUGCCAUGGCCAUGAAUGGCCUCAUCAUCUUCAUCACCUGGACAGACCCCAGACUCAACAGCCCCAUGUACUUCUUCCUUGGCCAUCUGUCCUUCCUGGAUGUCUGCUUCAUCACCACCACCAUCCCACAGAUGCUAAUCCACCUGGUGGUCAAGAACCACACUGUCUCCUUUGUCUCUUGCUUGACCCAGAUGUAUCUGGUUUUUGGUGUAGGUGUGGCCGAGUGCAUCCUCUUGGCUUUUAUGGCCUAUGACCGUUACGUUGCUAUCUGCCACCCACUCAGCUAUGCACAGAUCAUGAGCCGGCAGGUCUGUGUAAAGUUGGUGAGUACUGCCUGGUUCUUUGGGCUAAUCAAUGGCAUUCUGCUUGAUUAUAUGACAUUUCGUGGUCCAUUCUGUAGAGACAACCACAUAGAAAACUUCUUCUGUGAGGCCCCCAUAGUGAUUGCCCUCUCUUGUGGAGACCCCCAGUUUAGCCUGAAAAUGAUCUUUGCCGAUGCCAUCGUGGUGCUGCUCAGCCCCAUGGUGCUCAUUGUUAUCUCCUACGCCCGCAUCCUGGCCUCCAUCCUUGGCAGAACCUCCUCCUCAGGUCGGGGGAAGACCUUCUCUACUUGUGCCUCCCAUCUGACUGUGGUCAUCUUUUUCUAUACCUCAGCCAUGUUCUCUUACAUGAAUCCUCGCAGCACACACGGCCCUGACAAAGACAAGCCUUUCUCCCUUCUCUACACCAUCAUCACCCCCAUGUGUAACCCCAUCAUCUAUAGUUUUCGAAACAAGGAAAUGAAGGGGGCCAUGGUGAGGGCCCUUGGGAGGACCAGCCUGGCCCAGGCAGAAUCUAUCUAGGGGAAGACUCCUGGAAGAGAAGUCCCCCACCACCACCCAAGUCUUGACAAUUGGGCAACUCUCCAAUGCUGAGAGCCUCCAGGAAAGAGCAUUCAUAGCUUUCUUUCUACUAGCAUCAGUCCUGGAAGAUCCUGUUGAUGUCUAAUGCUCAUCUGUCUGAUUUCACUUCCAGUAUAGAUUGAUCUUUCCAAACUUCUCUUAAUGAUACAUGUUCAUGAUUGGAGGGGUGAGUAAAAUGAAAUGGAAAAGUUUAUUCCAAAUUUGGGGGAAAGGUAGUAAGCUCUUCAAGAGAAAGACAGUAAGAGGAUGACCAUUCCAUUCUUUGGAGCAUUUCUUUCUAGGGCAAAGGCAAUUAGCAGGAGCCCCAGCUUUGGGAAAAGAACAGACUGAGAGCCAUGAGGGAAACAAAGGGAUGUAUAUAAGUUUGGGAAAAAGCAAUGGAUGGGAGAAAUGUGUUAAGGGGUAUGUAAUAUUAUCCCUAUAUGGUGGCUACAAAAUUCUCCAAGAAAGUUCCCAGAAAAAGUAAGAACUGAUGAAUAGGAUUGUAUUAUUCCUCCAAGGAAACAAGAGGAGGAGCUAUAUGCCAAAUACAUGUGAAUUAUUAAUGGAAAGGUGAGAGGGCAGAAGCAAGAACAGGAAGUCUGAGGGGUGCAUCCACGUCCCCAGAUUGUAAACUGGGAGUGGGAGCUAUAGAAUGAAAUCUUGUAGGGUCAGGGAAGCUUCCAGUGACAUCUGCAUUUUAUAAGAAUAUAAAAAGAGCACUUUAAGUUAUUUGUGUAUUUGUUCACUUUCGCUGGAAAAAUUUUGUGCCCUGCCUGGACGCAUGUUUUGCAAUUUAAAUAUUUCCCUUUUGUUCUUGAAGAUUUCUUCCUCUCUCUUGUUUUACUUAUAAUACACUACAU